UGUAACCCAUAUUGGCCAGAAAUAAUUGUUCCAAAGUAAAAUAAAUGCUCCCAUGUGUAAGUGUAAGAUAGGUAAAUCCUACUUUCAUUUUCCAUGCAGUUCAAGUAUAAAAGAAGUCCUAUUGCAUUUUUACCUGGGAUUUUUGGAAAAAGUGUAAAGGAUCUCUCAAGUUCUACUAUAUCAGUGUUGAGCCAAGUAUGAGAUUAUGUUAAUAUUUUACUAACCUGUUGAUGUCUGCUUACUCAAAGGCAAAGCCAUAGUGAUAGAUGGUUUGCUGCAAUGGAUGGUUCCCAAAAAUUAAUUGAAUGUUACUUAGCAUCAAAAAUGCUGGAAAUCUGAAUAGGACUGUAAAUGCUGGAAGCAUUCAGCGGGUCAUUUCUAAUGAAACAUUCAUUGUAUCUCUUUCUAAAGAAGCCUGUUUGUCUGCUAAAUGUUUCCAGCAUUUUUCAUUGUUAUAAUUUGGUGAUAAAGGCUGACUCUAAUUCCGUGUGUAGUUUGACUGCGUCUGCGCUCGUUCAGGCAAAAGGUGUCAUUGCUGACCCUCCCCAAGGCUGGUUGGUGGCUGUCUUUAGCUGAGUAGAAUGUAGAAUUGGACCGGGUGUCUUGACCUCCAGUUUUAUGUCAAUUUUGUAAAUGUAAUUUUAGAAUCCGUUUUCCUUUCCUCGAUUUGGAAGCACACUGCCAAUGGUCUGCUAAUGAAGCAUAGUCAUUCAUUAUUCUGCUGUCAACGUACAACAUUUCCAGUGCACUGUCAUCACUUCUGUUUUAUCAUGUGAUUUUUUUUUCGCUCAUCGGCCAAUGUUCUUCCGCAUUUGAAACGUUUAUAUUUCUAGAAUAUCUGUUGCUCUCGAAACACAGUUGUUCAAUUGUCAAAAUGGUGGCGUCAACAGCAUUUUUAUUUCAAUUGCUUCCAAUUUUUAGCUGUUAGUGUUUAAAUUUGAGUGUUAGUGAAUAAUAAUCAUGGUAGCAUUAAAUAAAUGCACAUUUUGUCACAGGCAAAGCAAUAUGAAGCAAUAUAGAAAAAGCAGUAAAUGUAGAAAAGCAAAGGAAUGGCUGUAAAUAUUCUAUGUCAGUCCAAUGAUCAGAAAACUGAUCUAGCCGAUAGCAGAAAUUUGAGUGUCCUUGGCUGGCAGCAAUUCCAGGAAAAUAAACCCUGGACCGUUCUGGAUUUGUACGUUCUUUUCUACAAAGACGGUUCUGCCCUUUCCAAACAUCUAUAUAUUUUUUAAAGCCAGAACAUUUCUAUGAAAAGGAGUAUUUAUUCUGACAAAGAAACUACCUAUGUCUGCAGCACACUCCACUUUGUCAGAUUAGGUUGCCUUUUGACUGAGUAGAAAACAAAAAGCUCAAAGGGCCAUUUUUAAUUUUAUUUGCAGCCGAGACUAUUCCACUUCUGUGCAGUAGUAGAAUAUUUUCAUAAAAGGCAUCUGUUAAAAUGCCAACAGUAAAUGGUGCAGUUGUUACAGCUUUUGAUUAUAAGCAGCACAUUUUUCCAUUGUGUCGCCACUAUUAUCCCCAGAGGACAUUCAGAUGGCAAUUAUACAGUUACCAAGCACUUGCUGUUGGUUUGCUGAAAAAAGUUAGACAUUUUAUUUCAACAACUUUGCUGAAUGAUCUAUUAUUCCUGCAUAGCAGCUUAUAAGCUUUUAUUUCCUGUGUUAAAAGAUAUUAUGUUAAGAACGUGAGAAGUGGCUAAAUUUGUAUUCUGAUUCUCUGCUCUAAAACCUGAGAUAACUUUUUCAUUUGAUAUCUUUUUUUCCUGCAAGACUUUGAUCUAAGAAUUGUAAUGUACCUUUCUGUUGCGAACAACUCCGUGCCUGAAGUGUUAAUAUAAAGAACACGUGCCAAAGGAAUAAUUUCUGAGGUUAAGAUUUGUUUUAUGUUUAAUGAUUAUAACAUGUAGGGUAGAGUAUUUGAAAAAUGCUUCCCCAUAAAAAUAAAUUACUUAUUCAGUGCUCUUGAAUCUCUGCAGCUGAUCGGAAAGCUGCAGGAAGAAAAGAAUGUAGUUCUUUUGGCACAGCCACGAGUUUCAAAUGUCAGGAUGUGGCAUUUCUGUGUGUGAAGAGAAAGGUUUUUCAUAGUUAGCUGCACCGAACAGGCUUGAAAAGUACUCACAGUCCACCACCAGCAGCACUUCAGUCCAGAGGGAGUCUAAUAAUAGUUUUGUUUUUGUGUGUUUUUUUUUUCUGACAAGAUUUACUCAUAAUAGGGUCUAUUUUUGAUGGUUGGAUUUCAGUGCCCAGCUAAGAGAACUGGAAAUGUGAGUUUGAUAUUAUUAUCUACCACGAGCCAAUUCUUGCAUUGAGGAGCUGACAAAAGCGAAUUGUGUUCAACUAUUAAUGCAUAGCUCUAGAGUCUCUCACAGUUGUUAGCAGUAGUUUCCAGUGUAUUUACCAUUUCCCUGCAGUUUAAUAUUGUGGGUAGUGCUCAGAAACCCCUUCAGUACUGAAGUCUGCUGGAUGUCGCUCUUUGAAAUUUCCUGUAAUGCAAUACUAUGGGGGUAAAAAUAUGAUGUUGGUUCAGUGCAAGGGAAACAGUAAAAGCUGCAGUGUGUAGAGUGGUGCCACAUUCUUGCCCUGCUUGGUGAGGAUGAGAUAUAAUAUGUGAAACCGCCAUGCAAGAAGAUUGUUGAUUUUGGGUCGGAUUCAGUCAUUCAUGCAAGUCAAGGAGGUUUAAUUGAAGCAAGCUUGGCUGGAAUUCAAACUGUGCAGCAGCUGAGCUCCUUGUAAAGGUUGCUGAAUUUCCAGCGCUGUGGAAGGGACUGUGCCUUCAUUUCACACACUUUGCAGACAUUCAUGGAUAAUCGGGCUUCCUGGAGCUAUUCCUACGACCAUGGAUUUUGUUCCUUUAUAUUUCUAACUUCCUGGGCUUACUAGUCGCGGUUCAAUAAUGACUGGAAUGCUGUUUGUCACUUCAGCUAUUUCUGCCUAUCUACAGCUACUGAUGGUGACUGUAUCCCAAACUGCGGCGCUUGCUAUGUUCGCCUUCAGCUUGCCCUGCAAAAUGUGAAGUUUUAACCAGCUCGGCUCCAUUCCAAACUAGGACCACGUUUGUUUUAUAUUCAAAAAGAGAAAUGGCUCGUCGUUUACGAUUGCAUUUUGCAACCAGGAGGAGCAACACUGACCCACUGUCCGAGACUUCGGGAGAGGGCUUGGAGAGUAACAUUUGUAUGACAGUUGAGACUGUACCACUACAUUCAAGAAAGAAUGUUAAUCAAUUGAUUACGCUUGAGCCUGCAGUGCUGCCUACCGUAUCAAAGACUGAACGUAUCCUGCAACGUAGUUCUUCAUUGUUCAUACCACAGGUUAGUAAUAACGAUCACCUCCGCAAAAAGAGCUCAACGUUGCAAAUAUCAUUACAAUCCAAACAGUCCAGUAGACAUUGUGACUCUAGCAACAACAACAGCUGUGAGCAUGCUUUACGCAGUAGCAACAUAUCUUUUGACCAAGAGCUUUUAGAGCGUGCCGUGGUGCCUACCAAAACGUCAGUGAAGUCGAGGAAAGCAAAGAUGCCACUGAGGCGCUGUUCAUCACUGGUGAUAUUUCCUCAGAGUCCUUGCAACACUCCACCAGCUACUCCAACCAGCCCAGAUCCUUUUACAGGACGCAGCAGCAACCCCACCCUGAGUAGAUUCCUCCCUUGCUCCCAAGACCCAAUUCAAGGUGAAGAUCAGGUUGUGUCUAAAUCCAAGGAAACAAGUACUUGUUUUGUUGCGACAGCAGUUAAUGGGCUACGAUUAUCCAACCCAACUUGUUCUUCCAAUGAAGUCAGAGACAUUAAGCCACUUUACUGUAAUGGCUACCAGUCUGCUAAGAAUCACACAGUCGAUUACAAUGAAGAAGAUUCUGAGUGUCAGGGAAAAGCGAAGAAACUGCAUAGACCUUCGAAUCACAUUCUGUACUUGAAUUGCCAGAAAGCUCUUGUUGUGGGAACAGAGACCAAGGAAGGACAAAUAUACCACGAGUCGUUUGUAAAGGAAUUUAAACAGAGCCCUUUAAAUACUAGACAUACGCGAUAUCAAGAUAUCAAAUUAAUACGGAGCACGUCAGUAUGUUUGCCUUCAUUCAAGCAUUCAGAGUGCCAAGUAAAUGAUAAUGGGGAGAUCGAUAGGGAGAAUGAAUAUGAACAAAGCAAGCGGCCCAUCUUUCAAAGAAGCCACUCGCUUGAAGUUCCCUGCCGGCUGGUCUCCAGUUACCAUUCAAGACUGAAACAUUACUGUUCAAAAGUUGGGAACUCUCAACUACACAUUCAUGUAGCUCCAAGAUCGGAACAGAAUUUUUUUAUCUCAGAGGAGAAAAUAGCUGGUAACUACAAAAAGGAAACUAAUUCAACUAUUUGGGGACAAGAGUAUAAGGUAAGGUAAUUACAUGAGUUGGCCUUAGAUGUGAUAAUAUCAAACUUGUGAAAAUGCAACUCGUGCUGGAAGUCGAAAAACAAUUUUAAAUUAGAAAAUCA